CUCGCUGCAAGCCUACCUCCGAUAGCACACUUACACAGCACAACAUCGGCUGUCAUCAGCCGAGCAUGAAAGAGCUCUGCCCUUGAAACUCACAGCUGCUGAGAAUAUAAUCCCACCGGCGAUUUUGAUACUCACCCAUCCAUCGCAUCAAUAUGGCGGAAGAGAACAAGUUUGCGCUGCACGCAGCCUGCCGAGAGGGGAAAUACACCAUAGUCGAGUCUCUUCUCAAUGCCGAUCCCAAGGCGGCAGCUCGUAAGGACGACGACGGGAGACUCCCCAUCCACUGGGCGGUCUCGUCAAAUCAGCUCGAGGUAACGAACCUGUUGGUGGCUCAGAAGGGCUUUGAUGCCGACGUCCAGGACGACAGCGGCUGGACACCCUUGAUGAUAGCCGUGAGCAUCAAGGACGGAGACAAGCUGGUUGACCUCCUCCUCGGCAAGGGAGCCGACGUCAACGAGAAGAACAACAGCGGCCAGACGGCCCUGCACUUCGCCGCCUCCAAGAACAACCUGGACGUAGCGCGCAAGCUACUAGACCAGACUCCCCCCGCGUCGGCCCGCGUCCGCGACCGCCGCGGCCAGUACGCCAUCCACUGCGCCGCCGCCGUCGGCUCCACGCCCAUGGUCAGCCUGCUCCUCACGACCGGGAAGAGCCCGCUCGACGCCACCGACAGCGCGGGGCAGACGGCGCUGCACCACGCCGUCGCAGAGGGCCACGGCGACACAGCCGUGGCCCUCCUCAAAGCAGGGGCCAGCACGGACAAGAAGGACGUCGACGGGUGCUUGGCGCUGGACCUGGCCCCUGACAAGGCGGUGCGGAAAUACAUCGAGCAGGUGGCCGAGAGGGAGGGCAUCGAGAUGGGCACAUCGUCCUAGGGGGCCCGGAGUGGGCUGCAAACAGACGAAAAACGCGAGAAAUGUCUUGGUAGAAAAAGACAGUAUAGCUCAAUAAUAAACAGGAGAAGAGAAUAAAAGGAAGGGGAAGAAUCAGGGGGCACAUUAUGGUGAAACAAAGACAAAUAGAUCGCAGGCCUUGGUGUCAAGGCCGAGGAGAGUGCCGCUCUAUCCCACCCG